AAGCAAUCCUCUCCAUAUUCUUUAUCCAUUCUCUCCAAUUUCUCCUAAGAUGUUUUUUUACUCAUAUAGUCAGAUUCUUCCCCUAUAAAUACAUACAAGAACAGGCUCACUAUACUGCAAAUCCUGAAACAUUUCUUCCGAGGGUUCCUUCCUGGUUUGAAAGCAAAACAAACCCAAGAUGGAAUUUGAUUCAAUAUGCUCGAAAAUCGGCAACCUUAUCAAGUUCCUUCCAACAGGAACAGUCUUCGUUUUCCACUUCCUAAACCCUGUUUUCACCGACAAUGGCAACUGCGACAGGCUCAACAAGUACUUGUCGGGCAUCCUCAUUGGCCUCUGCGGCUUCUCUUGCAUCUUCGGCAGCUUCACCGACAGUUACAAAGGGAGUGACGGUAAAACUCAUUAUGGGGUAGCAACUUUUAAGGGUCUUUGGCCAUCACCCAACUCGGAAUCAGUGGACUUGUCGAGCUACAAGCUGAGGUUUGGCGACUUCGUUCAUGCUUUCUUUUCAUCAGUCGUGUUUGCUGUCUUGGUCCUUUUGGAACCUAACACCGUGGAGUGUUUCUACCCAUCGUUUGCAACCAGUGCCACGGCCUUGCUCUGCCUUGUCUUACUGCCCCCGAUUACGUUCGUAGUUUCUUUAGCAUUCAUAUGGUUCCCUGUCAAGCGCCAUGGCAUUGGGUAUCCUUCAACUGAUCAAUCUUCGAAUAAGAUCGAUCCGCUUCUUCCAUAAAAAAGUUUCUUAAUUAAAGUUUCUGUAAUGUCAAUCAAGUUUUGUACUUUUUGUUUCUUUUUUUAAAUAAAGUUCGUGCAAUUAAUAUAACAAGUGAAUGAUGGAAGGAUGGAUAUGUGCCAUUUUUCAUUCCCUUGAAUUAGUAUGUAUGUAAGUUUCUUUUCUCAUAAAUAAUUAAUGUGGUCUGAGUUAAUGAUAUUUUCCUUUGUAUGGUUAAUAA